CAGCUCUCGCGAGACUUCGCGGGGCCGCCGCCGGUGCGUGGCGGGCGCUGGGGGCACGCGGGGUGCGGGAGCGCGGGCACCGCGCGGCUCCCUCCGCAUCGCCGCGCCGCCCCGGGGAUCUCGCGGGAUUUCCGGGGGAAGUCUCGCGCGAUUUGGUCGGGGGGCGGCCGGGAGGGCUGAGGGGGGCUUUGCCCCGCCGCCAUUUUGGUUGUUGGGUCUGUCAGUCCGUCUGUCAGUCCGCCUGUCCCCUCUGAGUCCCCUUCUCCUGCUUUGGAAUGGGGAAGGCAGCCAAAAAGAGGCCUAAGGCCUCCGCGCCCUCCCGGGGCAAGGGUUCGGCGGAGUCAGCCAUGGCCAUGGUGAGGAGCAACCCCUUCGAGGUGAAGGUCAACAGGCAGAAAUUCGACAUCCUGGGCAGGAAGACCAAGAACGACGUGGGGCUGCCCGGCGUCUCGCGCUCGAAGGCCAUCAAGAAGCGUACCCAAACAUUACUGAAAGAAUAUAAAGAAAAAGAAAAGACAAAUGUGUUUAAAGAUAAACGUUUUGGUGAAUAUAACACUAAAAUAAGUCCAGAGGAAAAGAUGAUAAGACGAUUCACUUUGGAAAGACAGCAAAAUUAUGGAAAGAAAAAUAUCUAUAACCUUAAUGAAGAUGAAGAAUUGACUCACUAUGGCCAAUCUUUGGCAGAAAUUGAAAAACUGAAUGAUAUUGUUGAUAGUGAUAGUGACACAGAAGAAAGAGGAACGUUGUCAGCUGAGUUAACCGCCGCUCACUUUGGAGGGGGUGGAGGCCUGCUUCGUAAAAAAGCAUCAAGUGGGCAGGACGAUGAAGAGGAGGAAAAACCCAAAUCUAGAAAGGAACUCAUAGAAGAGUUGAUAGCCAAAUCUAAACAAGAAAAGCAAGUGAGGCAAAGUCAGAGAGAAAGUGCAUUAGAACUCACAGAAAAGCUUGACAAUGACUGGAAGGAAAUCCAAACCCUUAUGGCUCGCAAACCACCGAAGUCAGAAAGAAAGGACAAAGAGGUAGAAAAACCCAAGCCUGAUGAAUAUGAUAUGAUUGUUCGAGAACUUGGAUUCGAGAUGAAAGCAAAACCUUCAGAAAGGAUGAAGACAGAAGAAGAAUUGGCAAAAGAGGAGCAGGCGCGACUCCAGAAGCUCGAGGCAGAUCGGCUACGUCGAAUGCGUGGAAUAGAUGAACAAGAGACUAAAAAGAAACCCAGCCACGUGUCAGCUGAUGAUCUAGCUGACGGGUUUAUCCUGGACAAAGAUGACAGACGUUUAUUGUCUUACAAGGAUGGAAAAAUCCAUAUUGAAAAUGAAGAGGAGGAGGAGGACAAAGAACAGGAGGAGGAGGAGGACGAGGAGGAGGGAGAAGAGGAAGAAGAGGAAGGGGAAGAAGAGGAAGAUGGGAAGGAGGAUAGUGAGAAUGACCAAAGUGAGGAAGAGUCUGCUGCUGAAGAUGAGGAGGAUGUUGCUGCAGACAACCACUCUGAUCUUGAAUCUGACCUUGAGAGUGAAGAAGAAGCUGCAGGAAAUAAAGAAGAGAAGAAAGACGAGACAACUGGAAAUGAGUCACAGAAUAUGGAGGGACUGGAUCCAAAAAUGGAAGCUGCCAAAGCAGAGCUUCCUUACACAUUUGCUGUUCCCGAAUCCUAUGAGAAAUUUAAGUCUUUAUUGGUUGGAAGAACAAUAGAGCAACAGCUUACUAUUCUGGAAAGGAUUCAGAAAUGCAAUCAUCCAAGCCUUGCAGUGGGAAACAAAACAAAGUUGGAAAAACUGUUGGGCUUCCUUUUCGACUAUAUUGGGGAGUUAGCAAACCUGGAUUUACCAGACCUCAAAGCAAUUGACAAGCUCAUCCUGCCAUUGUACAAUCUCUGCCAGAUGUUUCCUGAGGCAGCCAGUGGCAGUAUGAAGUUUGUCCUUCGAGACGCUGCGCAUGACAUGGAAGAAGCAAUUGAAGUCAAAGGCCGUGCAACAUUUCCAGGUUUAGACAUGCUUAUUUAUUUGAAAAUUACAUCUCUGCUGUUUCCAACAUCUGACUUCUGGCAUCCAGUUGUAACUCCUGCUUUUAUAUACAUGAGUCAGCUGCUUACUAAGUGUCGCAUCACAACGCUGCAAGAUGUUAUUAAAGGUUUAUUUAUAUGCUGUUUGUUCCUGGAAUACAUCUCUCUCUCCAGAAGAUUUGUACCAGAACUCAUCAAUUUUCUUGUUGGAGUACUUCACAUAUCACUCCCCAGAAAGCAAGCCCAGGGCUAUACUGUAGUGCAUCCGUUCACACCACUGGGAAAAAAUUUAGAACUGCUUUUGGUGUGUGAUAAGAAGGAUUUGGAAAGCUGGCAGAAGCAAAAUUUGCCAUUGAGUAUUGUGACUAGAUUAAAGGAAGCCAGCAGAACAGAAGUGAAUCAUAUCAGGUUAUCGUGUCUAGCCCUGUGUUUUGAUCUCAUUAGAAGAUGUGCAGUUCUGUAUGAGUCUAUACCAUCAUUGCAUGAAAUAAUGCAUCCUGUCAAAAUACUUCUUACACAACAUGUGCCAGUGAAUGAAUAUCCUGAAAAAAUGCAGGAAUGGUAUCACGGUGCUCUGAAAGAGCUAGAGAGCAAAGUAAAGCUCUAUACUCCACUGAUCUGUGAGAAAAAGAAGCCAGUGCCAUUGAAACAGUAUACGCCUAAGAUUGUGAAAGUUUUAGAGUUUGGAAGAAAGCAGGGAUGCACCAAGAAGGAGCAAGAAAGAAAGCGGUUGAUUCACAAGCAUAAACGUGAAUUUAAGGGAGCUGUUCGUGAGAUUCGGAAGGAUAACCAGUUUCUGGCUAGAAUGCAACUUUCAGAAAUCAUGGAGAGAGAUUCAGCCAGAAAGAGAAAAGUGAAAGAGCUUCUUAGUAGCCUUGCUACACAGGAGGGUGAAUGGAAAGCAAUGAAAAGGAAAAAAAUGAAGAAUUAAUUUGGACUAUCUAUGGACAGAAAGUUUGUUUUUACUGACGUAUAAAAUAACCCAAUUCUAUGGCUUUUGCACAGAUUUUAAUUGCAUUUAUUGGAUGUAUUCCUUUCAAGGAAAACAACAUCAUCAGAUCUGUCUGAAAAAGUGAACCUGCUUAUUGGAUAAAUCCACAGGUUUUCGUAAGAAAAAAAUAAAAUAACAUUUUUGUAUGUGGUAUGCUUCUGUUUAUUUUAGCAACAGAAUAUUUGGGUAAGUAAUUAGAAUUCUCAAGAGUGUGUAAGCAAGCUUUAGACUAUUUUGAAAAACAAAAAAAAAAAAAGGAAAGCAAAACUCCUUUGGUAUUUCUUUAAUAUCAUAAUAACUGCCAGCAGCUCACAUAAUGGUAGUAUACUUGUAACUUCAGCAGAAACAUUUUAAUUAGUCUGUAGCAUUGGGAUAUUCUAAUGCUUGGGUUUGGUGGACUAAUGGUGUUGGUUUCAAGCAGAAGUCCUUUGUUGAAGUUGUACAUUCAUUUUUGUCUUCAGUAAUUUUGGGAUCACGGUUAGCUCUGAAAUUCUGAAUAAUCUAGGUCAGUUCACUGUUUCAGCAUAAACAUAACAAUCUGAUUUAAGAUGACAGUCGCAUCUUUAAUUCUUUUCCACUUAUUUUAUCACAUAUGUGCAAUUACUGAGAACUGCCCAGCACGACUGUGGUAAACAUCUGCUCCUUGGGUAGAGCCAAUAAAUACAUCUAAUGCUUUUUUUUUUUUUUAAUAAUACUAUAUUUGUGAGUAAGCAUUAAAUAACUGAUGUUGUUUUUUCAGUUCAAAGUGCUGGUCUAAACUAGGUUAUGAUUGAGGCAUCUGUUGUUAUACGUUUGAUAAACUCAGUGACAUUUUUUAUGCAAUGAAGAAAAUUACAAUAUUUUCUUUCAAAACUUACAAAAAUGAAACCCCAUUUCACAGUAAUGUUCCAGUUUCAGUGUAAAGAACAAACUAUGAAGAAAAUCAUAGAACGAAUGAAAAAAUUGGCCAAGGUUCUUUGCAAACAAACAAAACCAAAAAUAUCCUUCCAUUUUCAAAUACUCUUCUUAGACCUGAUCUCCUAUGUUUUGGCCCAUGCAUAACUCAGAAAUGGCCUACUGUUCAUGAAGAAAGACAUAAACACUGGCAGUAAAUCUGAUUUAACAGAUAGGACUGGUUGUUUCAGACUGGCUUAAAACAUGAUGUUUGUGGUGGUUUUUUGUUUUUUGUUUUUUCAAAUGAGACUUGGAAGGAAGACUAAAACUAGGAUGGGAGGAGUUGAAACACUCCAGCUUUGCAUUUAAACUAAUGACAAAGCUCUCUUUGAAAGACAAGACUUGUCAAAGGUUUACCUAUGGAUGUUUCUUAAAAAGAAAAAGGCACUUUAUUUGAAGAAAAUAGCUUCCAGUGAAUCCCAGUGCAGCUGUAACAAGGUAAUUAAUAUGUGAAUAUCAUCAGAUUUUUUGGCUUACAAAACCAGUUGUAUUAAGUGUUAAAACAGCCUGAAUACUAAGUACCAGUGGGGGAGAUAGUCAUGUCACAUAAAAGUAACAUUUCUAUGUUUGAAAUCCAUUCACUCUUCUGAAAACAAAAUAUAUUUUCAGUUAGCCUUUCCAACAUCAGUAAAGCUAAACUUCAAAGAGAUCUCAGAAGAUUAGUGUGCCUCCUGUUUUAUUUCCAUUUGGCACAGUAUGGAGCUUUUCUUUCCUCCUUUGCAAAAAAAAUAAUAAAAAAGUAGAUUAACUUUAUCUUUAAAAACAAAACUUCUUGGCUCAAGCCAAGAACUUAAGACUGAAACAAUGAGAAAGGAACUAACUUCUUAUUUCAUACUAUAAAUCAGCAUUUUCAGUCCGCAGUUUUAGUUCUAGUAUAUUUGUCCUUUGCACAAAUAAACUGACAAAAAAGUA